AGAGAGAGAGAGAGAGAGAGAGAGAGAGAGAGAGAGAGAGAGAGAGAGAGAGAGAGAGAGAGAGAGAGAGAGAGAGAGAGAGAGAGAGAGCGCUAUAAUGACGGUGCGUUGUAUUCGGGGAACGAAGCAAUCAAGGGCAAUAUUUACCCGAGUGCCGCCUGGGACUGAUAAUGAUGAGGAUGAUGAUGAUGAGGAGGAGGAGGAGGAGGAGGAUGGUGAUGAUGAUGAUGAUGAUGAUGAUGAUGAUGAUGAUGACGAUGAUGAUGAUGAUGAUGAUGAUGAUGGUGCUCCAGUGAGAAUGCGAUUCAAUGGCGUAUGGCGCCCGUCACUUGGAAGCAACCAAUUUGAAGCGGGUUCCAACACCAUAGGGCGACGGGUGGUGUCACUGGAUAGCAUGGGCUCGCGAACAGGGUCGCGGGCCUCCAAGGUAGGAGGGAAGCGGAGCUCGGCAGGGGGACAAAGUAGUUCGGUGCCUCCCAGGUGGCCUCCCCAGGUGGUACUCGAGCAACUGAGGGGUGCACAGGAAGACAUGAGGGCUCUGAUAAAGGCGAAGAAUUGCAACCCUAUUUUUGUUCGACUGGCAUGGCAUGACGCAGGAACUUACAACCAGAACCUUGCAGGGUGGCCAUGUGCAGGGGGCGCGAACGGUACCCUUCGAUUCAAAACCCAGCUGAGUCAUGAGUGCAACGCAGGCUUGCUGAACGCGUUCAAGCUGCUUGAUCCCAUCAGAGUGAAGUACCCUGCAAUUAGUAAUGCGGAUCUGCUGCAGCUCGCAGGUGCUACUGGAAUCGAGAUGGCAGGAGGGCCGACGCUCCCCAUGAGGUAUGGUCGUAUUGACGCUCCAUCCGAAGAGUUCUGCGCUCCCGACAACGUCUUACCCAUGGCUAAUCCUCCUGACCCGGCUGCGCAUCUCCGAAGUGUGUUCUACAGAAUGGGCUUUACCGACAAGGACAUCGUAGCACUCUCUGGAGCGCACACGCUAGGCCGAGCUCGACCGGAACGCAGUGGGUUUGGCAAGAUCCAUACACCCUACACCAAGGAUGGACCAGGUGCACCAGGCGGUCAAUCCUGGACCAAAGACUGGCUCAAAUUUGACAACAGCUACUACAAGGAAGUAAGGGACAAAACCGACGAGCAUCUGCUGGUCUUGCCCACCGACGCUGUGCUGUUUCAAGAUGAAGGGUUCAAGGUUUAUGCAGAGAAGUAUGCCGAGGAUCAGGAUGCGUUUUUCCGGGACUACGCUGAGGCGCAUGUGAAGCUUAGCAACUUGGGCUGCAAGUUCGAUCCCCCUGAAGGUAUGCGGCUCGACGACAAUCCUCAAUUGUCAGACGGAUGGACGGAGAAGGCUUCAACGCCAACACAGGGCCAGAAAGCGACCAUGUACUCUCCCACCACCACGGGCCGCUCCAGUCCUGCAGCGACAUCGUCCUCCAGAUUCACUGCUGCAGCUAUCAACUUCCCUCAACCGUCUACCACUAACUUUCUAUACGCCGUGGUGAUAGUCGGAAUGGUAGCUGUACUUGUGAAGCUGCUCACCUGAGGAGAUUUGAUCAUUUUGAUCUCUACGCAUACACAAUAUCAACGGUUAUGCUCGUUCUUGGAAAGUCAUCUGUGCGCAUUUACUGGGUAUCUGAUCAAAUAAGUCCUGUCUUGUGAGUAUGCCCUGCCUGACGUCAUGAUCAUUGCCUGCUUCUCCAUGUCCAUGGCUUGCAAUAGACAUGGCCUCAAGUGAAGAAGAGGGAGGACAAGUUUCUCCCUUAUCUACGGGUGCACGUGUGCUGUAAUGUAUCACCCCAACAGCCCCUUUUUCCACCCCGAUGAGCAGAUCAAAAAUCAAAACAGCUUUACCUC